CAGCGCGCCGCCGGAAGCCGCGGGGGAUGGCGGUCGCGGGCCGGCGGCGGGGGCCGGGCCGGGCCGGGCCUGGCGGGGCCUGGCGGCCGCGGCGCGGAAGCUGAGCGCGGGCGGCGCGGCUGCGGGCGGCGCCCCCUCCGGGGCAAUAUGUUCAAGAGAAUGGCUGAGUUCGGGCCUGACUCCGGGGGCAGGGUGAAGGGUGUUACCAUUGUGAAGCCGAUCGUGUAUGGAAACGUCGCGCGGUAUUUUGGGAAGAAAAGAGAAGAAGAUGGUCACACUCACCAGUGGACGGUUUACGUCAAGCCUUACAGAAACGAGGAUAUGUCUGCCUAUGUGAAAAAAAUUCAGUUCAAGUUGCAUGAAAGCUACGGUAAUCCUUUAAGAGUUGUUACCAAACCACCAUAUGAAAUCACCGAAACAGGCUGGGGUGAAUUUGAAAUAAUCAUUAAGAUAUUUUUCAUCGAUCCAAAUGAAAGACCUGUAACCUUAUAUCACUUGCUGAAACUAUUUCAGUCUGAUACCAAUGCCAUCCUGGGAAAGAAAACUGUAGUUUCUGAAUUCUACGAUGAAAUGAUAUUUCAAGAUCCUACUGCAAUGAUGCAGCAGCUGUUAACAACAUCUCGUCAGCUAACGCUAGGUGCUUAUAAGCAUGAAACAGAGUUUGCAGAUCUUGAAGUGAAAACCAGGGAAAAGCUGGAAGCUGCCAAAAAGAAAACUAGUUUUGAAAUAGCUGAGCUUAAAGAAAGACUAAAAGCAAGUCGUGAAACCAUCAACUGUUUAAAGAAUGAAAUCAGAAAGCUUGAAGAAGAUGAUCAGUCUAAAGAUAUGUGAUGAGUGUUGACUUGACGAAGAGCCUAUACUGAAAACAGAAGGACUUCAGUCAUGGAAUUCUAUGUGUUGUCUUCAAUUCUGUCACUGAGACUACCUGAAUUUCACUUGCAAAUGAUUGAAGUAUGUGGCAAUUGACUUCAUAAAUGGGAGAAGAAAGAAAGAAUGUAUCCUUGUUUUAUACUUAAAAUCUGUAGGUACUUAACAAUUUAGUUCAAGUAGAAGGGGUCUUGGAGUCCAGGCUCCUUUUUUUUUUUUUUUUUUAAACUAUUUGUGUGGUAUAUGAAAACUUUGUAUUAAGUCUUGUAUUAGUUCGAUGUGAUUUUACCAAAUGCUGGUGUUUACUUUACUUGUUUUUUUUUCUACUGAUUGCUCAGAGAUGCAUCUUUAAAGCUGAAAAUAAAACAUGCAUUUUUUUAUGUUAAUAUUUUUUGCCUCUGUCCAGUUGUGGGCUUCCAGAACAAUUGUAAAUAGCAUACCUUGAUUUAACGCAGAGGUUGAAAUAGAAUGGUAUGCAAGUUGCUUAAGUCUGGUUACAGUGAUUUCUGAAUGUCUGCCUGUUAUCCGCACAGUGAAACAACUUUCUGAAAACAGGAUUUUAAAUAACUUGUGUAUCUACAGCUAAGAGUUUCUAGCCCCACAUCUGCUUUAACACAUAUAAAUGCAUCAAUUAUGUAAGUUAUGCUUAGAAGCAGGAAAUUAUUCCGGUCCUAUUUUGUAGAAGUUUGUUUAAUAUUUAUACUGUACUGUGGUCAGUUCAUCACACGUUGUCUCUGCCGCUCCUUCCUCCUCAGGGGGAGGACUCCUCACGCUCUUCCCCUGCUCCAGCGUGGGGUCCCUCCCACAGGAGACAGUCCUCCACCAACUUCUCCAACGUGAGUCCUUCCCACAGGCUGCAGUUCUUCACCAACUGCUCGAGCGUGGGUCCCUUCCACAGGGUGCAGACCUUCAGGAACAGACUGCUCCAGCAUGGGUCCCCCACAGGGUCACAAGUCCUGCCAGCAAACCUGCUCCAGCGGAGGCUCCUCUCUCCACGGGGCCACAGGUCCAGCCAGGAGCCUGCUUCAGUGUGGGCUUCCUGCAGGGUCACAGCCUCCUUCGGGUGCAUCCCCCUGCUCUGGUGUGGGGUCCUCCAUGGACCUCCAUGGGCUGCAGGGGGACAGCCUGCCUCACCAUGGUCUUCUCCAGGGGCUGCAGGGGAAUCUCUGCUCCGGCACCUGAAGCACCUCCUCCCCCUUCUGCACUGACCUUGGCAUCUGCAGAGUUGUUCCUCUCACUCCUCUGGCUGUAAAAACUGCUGCUUUUUUUUUUUUUUCCCCCUUCUUAAAUACAUUAUUCCUGAGGUGCUACCACCGUUGCUGAAGGGCUCGGCCUUGGCCAGUGGCUGGUCUGUUUUGGAGCUGGCUGGCAUUGGCUCUGUCAGACAUGGGGGAAACUUCUAGCAGCUUCUCACAGAAGCCACCCCUGUAGCCCCUCCACUACCAAAACCUUGCCAUGCAAACCCAAUGCAUGUUCUGAAGUAACUAGCAAGUGUUCUCCCUGAAAAAUCAGUGUGUGAUCUUUUGCCUGUAACAUCCUUUUUUUUUUUCCCCUUCUUUUUUUCUUCCCUUUUCUAGAGGUAAAAGAGCCUGAUAGAGAUGGUGCUACCUCAGGUUUUGAAAGGGCUUGGGCAUAUUUUCUACUGCUUCAAAGUAGAGUGUUGGAGUAAACUCUGCUAUAGGGAAUCAAACAUCUGACAUUCCCUCUCCUAUAGAAAACAAUAUUAUUAACACUUUGAGAACAAAGCACUCAUUUCUUCAUGUUUGAAACAACUGAUUGGCUUUUACCACAGCUUGGUAAAGAUUUAGAACUGAAACAGUUUUAACACUCUAUACAUAGACUUAGGUUUUUCAUUAAGAAAUAAAGUGUUAAAAUUUGGCAUAUUUAGUUUAUGGUAUUAUAUAUACACAGAGGUUGAGGAACAGCUUUGUACCAGUGGUGUCCACACAGAUCCUUCCUAGCACUGCAGACUAUCCAAAUUUUUCUGGCUACCUAACUGGUUUGGUCUAUUGAUUCAGUAGCCAACUUCCUUUUAAACAGCUGCUGAAGAAGAAUGUGCUAGGCAAUUGCAGUACAGUACAAUGUGCCAUUUUCAGAGCUGUGCACUGGAAAUAAGACUUGCAUGGGCCGUAGUACAUUAUACAUUUAAGGUUGAAAUAACACUUUUCAGUGAAAAGUUAAAAAAAUAUCCAUAUAAUUUUCUUUUGUGAUACCUUAUUGUUCAAAGUGUUUAUUUGGCUGCUUCCUUGUCUUUGACAAUCAUCAGUAGCAGAUUUUUUUUUAAGGAAAAAUACAAUAAGGUUAGCACAAAGUGAGUCCUCCCAAGUACAUUCUCUUAGCUUCUUGCAGAUUUAUUCCAUUUCCUGAGGAGGUUUUUAAGGUCCAUUUGUGCAUGCUGAAACAAAAAUGGGAAUGGAAAGCAGUUUUGGUGAUACCAGGUUGAAUGCAACAUUAUCAUCUUCAUAUUGGUCAAUUAAAAUAAAACUAAGGUAGAAUAACUCAGAUGGAAUAUGAAAUAGGUUCUGCAAGAGCUGUGACUAACAAGAAUAGGUCUGAUGCAAUGGGCUUGAACAGACCAAAAAAGAACAGAGUGAUACCUUUUGAAUCCAACAUUUUCGUAGGAGCCUAAAGUAUUCUUUGUGUUUACAUGUUUAAUAACAUCCAAUAAACAGCCUAGUAUUCAACGUUACAGAAGCAAUGAUCCUGGCUCCACUGUCAGUAGUCAUCAACGUGCUAGAGAUGUAAUUUUUGUUUGUGUUAGCGGGGUUCCCCCCCCCAGUUUUUCUUUCAACUUUUUUCUAUUUUUUUUCCCUCUUUUUUGUGCUCUCUGUAAAGAUUACACAAGAGUCAUUAGGUUUCCCCAUCAAUACUAAGGCAAGAAAAUAGUCCUAACAUCUGUCUGUGCUGAGCAGUUACUGUUGAUAGGGGACAGGAAGAAUAUCUUCUGCUUUACAAAGUUCAUUAAUAUGUUCUGUGUUUUCAUUAGAAAAUACUUUCUUCAGAUGCUGAGAAAGCCAUUGAGCCCUGUAUUAGGCAGCAAUUAAAUUCUGGAAAAAAGUUCAUGAGAAUUAAGUGGUUUAGGAUUUUGGCUUGUGAAUAAAUGUGAAAAAAACCCGCC